AUGGUCCUGCCAUCGCUUUCAGAUCUGCUCAUUGGUGGUGUUGCCGUGACGCUCAACUAUGCAGCAACAUUCUAUCUUCCAUCGACGCGACUUUUACGGGAUCCUUUAGAGACACUAAGCGUUGCCAUUCCUGUGCUACUGGUGGGACAUGUAGUCAUCAUGAUGGCCACAUUGCUAUAUGUAAAGCAGUGCACGUUACGAGCUACUAUGACUUCGGUUGGAUAUGCACUGGUUGUCACAGCCAUUGGUACAGGUGUCUUGCACGGAUUGAUUGUUUUAUUCGGUGCCUCUCUUAUCGAGAAGUUCAAUCAUACACUUGCAUUUGCUACGUAUUUGGCUAUCAUUGCUUUCAUCCCAAGUUUUACUGCAUUGGCACCUUCUGAUACGAGUAUCUGGAUCAAGACAUUUGUACAACACAGUCCAAGCACAUGUGCCGAGAUUUUUGCUUAUUCACAAACCAUUUGUACAUUGUCGGGUGCAUGGAUUGGUGCCAUCGUAUUACCAUUGGAUUGGGAAAGGGAUUGGCAGGCAUGGCCGAUUUCAUGCGUCAUUUCGACGUAUCUUGGACAUGCGGUGGGCGUCGUUGCAGCAUUUGGAUGGGCUUCUUUCAAAUAUGUAUUUAGCAAGAAGAAAAGUGAAUAA